UUAGGGAAGCCAGAGGUUACCUGUUGCACUGUAUGUGGCAGCCGUGGGCGUGGAGCCGCGAUCUGCAGUGAUUGCAGGGCAAGUCUUGAUAUGAUCAUCCCAUAUGGAAAGCCACACACUUGCAAGCAUGAGGGGCUGGCGGUCAGAAGACUAGAGAGAAUCAAAGUAUCCCGUUAGAUCACCCUGCAGUUCUAUGCCUCUCAGCUCUUUUGCUGUGUCUACGCGGAGGGGGGAUCUACAGAAAACAGUUCUGUACAGAACUCACAAUGACGUGGUGAAGCUGAAGACAGGACCUGGGAACCAUCUGUCUGCUCAAGUUUGGGCAAUCCAGUGAAUCCUCCGUCAUUCCGUUUUCCUACCAUGGCUAAAAGUGCGGAAGUGAAGCUGGCGAUCUUUGGUCGAGCUGGCGUAGGGAAGUCAGCUCUCGUCGUGCGCUUCCUGACCAGACGGUUCAUCUGGGAGUAUGACCCCACUCUAGAGUCUACCUAUCGCCAUCAGGCAACUAUCGAUGAUGAAGUUGUUUCCAUGGAGAUACUAGACACAGCUGGUCAGGAGGAUGCUAUUCAGAAGGAAGGACACGUACGAUGGGGUGAAGGCUUUGUGCUAGUCUAUGACAUCACCGACAGGGGCAGCUUUGAGGAAGUGCUGCCACUUAAGAACUUGCUGGAUGAAGUUAAAAAACCCAAGAAUGUUACUCUGAUCCUAGUGGGGAACAAAGCAGACCUGGACCACUCCAGGCAAGUCAGCACAGAGGAAGGAGAAAAGCUAGCCACAGAACUGGCAUGCGCGUUUUAUGAGUGCUCUGCUUGUACAGGUGAAGGCAACAUCAUGGAGGCCUUCUACGAGCUGUGCCGUGAGGUACGGCGUCGUAAGAUGGUCCAGGGCAAGACUCGAAGACGGAGCUCCACCACCCACGUCAAGCAGGCAAUUAACAAGAUGCUCACCAAAAUCAGCAGCUAAAAGAAUUGUAACAAAGUAGAAAACCGCUGUAGAGCAGGUUACCGGUAGUUUGGGGUAAGGAAGGUCAAAGCUUUAUUUAAAAAAAAAAAUCACUUCAUCCUUUUUGAGUAUAUAGAGCAGAUUCUGGUCUACUUGAUUUAAAUGGUUUUAGAGUGGUAGUGUGCCCCACACCAUUUCUGUCCAGCAUCAGAGACAGGAUGUCCAAAGAAUUGGAAGACUCAAGGGUCUGGUAAUGAGACAGCUUCUCAGUUCCUGGUUUCAAUGCAGCCCUGACUGACGAUAAUUGAAAAUCAUUAUCUUCUGGUGGCUGCUCAGAGGCCUAUGAGUCUCGGUCCAGAAACAAGUGAUAUCCUCAGCAGAGGCAGCAAGAACUGAAUCACCUGAGACACUGCUUUAUUUACUCUCCAAAAUUGUUAAUCUGGCACCUUUCACUAGCACUACAUUUACACCUAAUUGCUUUUAUUAUGACCCAUCCUUUCUUGUAUUAUUUUUCCAGCUCAAUACUAGUGCCUAUAUUCUUAGGUAUGUAUUUAAUCUAGGGAGAUAUUGCAUGCCGGUAGAGAUUUCGACCAGAGAUGGGUGAAUUUUGACAGGUCUGAAGGACCUAAAUAUGGCUGUAUUUCCAGGUGUCUCAGAU